AUGGCUGUAGAGCUCGCCCGCCCAGAGGUCGUCAUCAACUUCAACCACCCCCCGCUGUCCACCCCCAGGCCAGCCCUUCGAGUGGCCCCCCCAGCGACCGUCGUCACUGCAGAGACAGAAGAGCCCGCAGAAGACACUCCAGAGACUCCUCUAGUCGUCCCCGCGACCCUUCCACCGGCCUCCGCCAGAGCUCCGUCUUCCAGAGCCCCGAGCGUCGCGCCGUCACCGCCGACUCCUUCGAUAGCCCCCGUCCACUCUGGACUUACACCAGCCACCAAGGAAGAGUUGCAAGAAGGUGACGUUGAAGAGACAGAGGUGACCACUGCUACAACCACCAGGAAGACUGUCCGAAGAAGACUUGGCCCGACGCCUUCGCCGCCGGUUCCCACAGACGCACCAGUGGUUUAUCAGACCAGCCAGGCGCCGAGAACCCCAGAGGUCUAUCAGACGGGCACGAAUUGGGUCGAAAAUAUCCCUGAAGACGAACCUCAAGCUCCGCCUCCCCCGCCUGCUUCUUUGAAACCAAUCUCCGGGCAACCCACAUAUCAGACGCCUCAAGAGAGUAUGAUGAGGUGGCCUUUCGGGCGACACGACCCAUCGGGGGGAGGGACGCUGAAAGGACAAAGUGCGGCGGAUGAUGUGGACGUGGACACAGGUGCGACCACGUUCGGAGGGCCUACCCUAGGUAUGCCCAGCUCGGCUCAACUCGGCUCUACCAGCGAGCGAUUAUCGGGCACGAAAGGUGGUUUGCGCCCCAUUCCCAUCAUUGAUUACAUGGCCAUGCUCCAACCCUCCAUUUCGUUCCCUGUCAAAGCGCCCUCGAGUGGUAGACACUCUACUCCUGCUCGCAAGUCAAGCGAUCAGAAGACGUCCUCAAAAUCCAAGACAAUGGCCUCUUGCAAGUCUCACCCCGUCUCUCUCCCUUCUCCACCUCACCGGGUCUCACCUCAGCCCCAUCCGACACCCCCCCAGACCACGGUAAACGUCACCGUAGGCCAUUCUCCAACGAUGCACCUUUCUGUCCCUGCGCCAACGUCAGUACCGGGCACAACGGCUACCAUGGUGGUGCCGCUUCCAGGUGGGGCAAGCGUGAGGUCGAGGAGUGUGCCCUUGCCGGGUGGGGGGACGAGUGUGCACCCUGCCACAGUAUUGCUGCCAGAGAGCAAUCCCUCGUCUAAAUCACCGUCAGACUCGGCAUUACGCUCGGGUCACUCGCACCCUGGUAUGCACUCUCAGACACGCUCACGCCCUCGCUCUCAAAUGUCUGUCGCACCUACAGCUUCGCCUGCUGCGACGUCUAACCGCCCAGCAACAGAGGCUCCCAAGACCAUCGUCACCCUCUCUGCGCAUCUCGACAACGACACUGAAGGGAACCAGCAUCUUCAUGCGAAGUGGCAUGAUCACCAAGCCACCAAUCACUUGGACGUUGAUCUUGGCAAGGCGAUGGAGCCAGAGGAGACGCCAAAAGACAGGAAGAGGAGAGAGAAGAAGGAAGCUCGGGCAAAGGUGAAGGAGUUGGAAAGAGCCGAGAGAGCUUCAAGGGUUGAGAGUAUGAUGCCCCCGAGUACCAUGCCCAGUAUGGGACAGGGCGGAAUGAGUACACCGUACAAACCCGUGGCCAACUUUCCUCCUCCAAAGAGCGAACGCUAUGCGUAUCCAGCGCCAGUGACCGUGAUUGGAGAGCAGCGCAAGAAGCGGUUUGACGAUUGGUUCAACAAGGACAGAGCACCGCCUGUUUUGGGUAGCAUGGGUAUGGGGCCGAUGGGAGGGCCGCUGCCCUUCCCAGCGGCACAGUCAAUGUAUCCUAGACCGCCCCUGUCCAACAUGGGGAUGCGCCCGCCGAUGUUUCAGCCUCCGAUGGGCUACGGUCCUGGGGCCAUGGGGAUGGGUAUGAACAGGGGUAUGUUCAGAGGAGGUCAAUUUGGACCUGGGAUGUGA